GUCCCAGCUUCUGUAGCUUUGGCUGCUACCUGUCAAGUGUUUUUGCAUUUGGCUGGUCAGAUCGAUGUGACCGUGGAGCAGAAGCGAACGGAAGAGCGUCUGACUCAGCUCGAACAAACCGUCGAAACGCUUCGUGCCGACCGUGCUCGGUCUGAGUACACUUCCAAAGUCCCCAUAGCGAAACAGUUGGCUGAUGAACGCAAGAUUCACGAAAUCGAAGCGGAAUGUGAAAGCUUACGUGAAAUGCUGAGCAGUUUGCAAGAUAUGGAACAUUCAGUUGAUGCCCAGACCAUCCAAAAGGACGAGUCGCGAACGGACAAGGAUACCAUGCAUCCUUUGAUCCCCAUAAUCAGUGAACUAACUGGUCAUGCCACUCCCAAAGAAGUUACCGACUUACAGGCUAUCAUCGAGUGCAUCGCAAACCAAGAACUGAUGGGUGGGCCUCAGGUAAAGCAAUGGUUAUCUUGGAGCAUCCACUUGCAUGCGCCGCAGUUGCGUCAAACUGCGCACUUCGAGCGCAGCUCCACUUGCUUCCGAGAAAUGCUCAGUGCUAGACUGCAUUCCGCAUCAUGUAUGUACUUGGCCCACACCAGUCACGUGACGCUAGCCGAUCUGGGCGCUGUGCUUGCUUUGGUGACUUUACCAGAUCACAACUCGUGGAUUCGAAAUGGAAAAUUCAAGUAUGUGGCUCAAUGGAUUGAUCGGAUCAAGGAUGCAUUGGAUGACAAACCUAGUGUAAGCAUCAGCUAUCUGUUUUGUCCUGGUGCACUUAUCUGA